GGAAGGCGCUACGGACCCUUGUCAUUCUGUCCAUUCAAUGGUUAUGACUGGCCGAACGUCAUGUUUAUAUCUUGCAUUGCUCCAGUCCUUUCAGCUCUUUUACAAUCAUGCAUCUACUGCAUCGGGACAGGCAGGUUGAGGAGGAUGACAGAAUGCCUCACAUCGUCUCCUUGGGUACCUCAAGAACCUCCUGCAGGUCGCUUCCGGUCCUUGCAUGUUUGCCUGUUAUUCCACUUUGCAUCCAAGUCACGAUCCCGUACCAACACUGCCGAGUUCUCAAGAACUUCUACUGUAUCUGGCUUAGGACGUUGCCGGCCUCCACGAAAUGGGCAUGGUAUGAUGGUCCACCUUUUUACACAAUCAUGACCCGAACGUCCUGAGCAUU